AUGGGUGAAAUUGUCAAGUUUGUUUGUGUUAUGUUUAUCUUUCUUUUCAUACUUCUUGUUGCAAUGAACGCUGAUGCUGCUCCUAAAUGUUUUGAAAAUUCUGAUUGUCCAAAAGAUUAUUGCCCACUUCCUUCUACACCGUGGUGUAGUGUGGGCAGGUGUAUUAAACCGAGGUGUAGUGUGGGCAGGUGUACAUGUGUGUUAAAAAAAAGAAAGAAUUCUUAUGAUUAG